AUGUUUGUGGAACGAUUCAGUGAAAAAACGGGUGUAUAUCUUGUGUUAACGCCACCGUAUCACCCCAGUUCCAAUGGACAGGCGGAGCGGAUGGUAGCGACGGUUAAAGGAUGGUUGAAGAAAACCAAAAGUGGGAAAGGAGAAAUGUGGGUGAAGCAUUUGUAUUAUAAUAAUGCGAUGGGUAAUGAUGGUUUGUCUCCGGCAGAAAAAAUGAUAGGCCAGAAGGUAAGGAUGUUUUUGGAUAUGUUAAUACCCAGAAAAGCUGAGGUAGUUGUAGAGGAUAUUGAUAGAAGGGGAUUGGAAUAUACUGUGGGACAGUUAGUGUGGAUUAGAUUAUAUGGAAGCACAAAAAAAUGGAAGAAAGGUGUAGUAAUAGAAAAUUUGGGAUACAAAUUAAAUAGGGUAAAAUUUGAUGAUAAUAGUGAAGGUGUCAGGCACAGGGAUCAAUUACGGAAGAGAGUGCAUAUAAAUGGUUGA